AACAACACCUCCACAACGAAGAAGAAGAAGAAGAAGAAGCUUGACCACCGCGGCUCCUCACACAGGCUCAGCACCAGCCCCCGCAGCCCCCUGAAACACUCCACAAGCAGCAGCGAAGGGACAGCCCCCACACCUCGCCAUGAACGCCCCGCCCACCUUCGAAUCAUUCCUCCUCUUCGACGGAGAGAAAAAGAUCAUCAAAGAAGUCGACACCAAGGUGCCCAAUGCUGCCAUCUAUACCAUCAACAAAGAGGACCACACGUUGGGUAACAUGAUACGCCUGCAGCUGCUGAAGGAUCCAAAUGUGAUGUUUGCUGGAUACAAAAACCCUCAUCCUCUUGAACACAAGGUUGUUCUCAGAAUACAGACAUCGGAUGCAAGCUACACCCCUCAUGAUGCCUUCAUGAAUGCCAUCACAGACCUUAUCUCAGAGCUGUCCCUGCUGGAGGAACGCUUCAGGGAGGCCAUCCGGGAGAAGAAGGAAGGAUUUGACUAGGCACCAGGGGAGAGUUUCACUGGAAGGCAUUAACUAUCACAUUCAUCCUGGCAUCCUUGUCCUCAAAUUUUCACUAUGAUGAGGUCUGACUAGGUAAUAUUCAUCAUCUCACUAGACCUAAUCAGUCUCCUAGUCUCCAUUACCAUUACAUAAAUGAAUUUAAUGAUAAUUUGACAAAUUUUGACUAAUCAACACACAUUUCCCAAUCCAUUUGACAGCCCUACCUCUUUCAUCACUUAUACAUUAUCAUCCCUUAUUGGCCUUGUGCUGCACAUUAAUUUGGAAUAAUUUUUAAGCAUCUGAAACUAGACAGUGGUUAUUGAUUCACAAGUAUGGUAGUUAUUCUCCACUCAGGGAAUGAAACAUGAAACAUAUUGCAUUGUGCAAAGUUUUUGAUUGAAAUAUUUGAUAAAAUGGAUCCUGCAUUUGUUUGUUGUAAAUUCAAGUUGAUGUAAUUUUAAUGAUGUGUUCAAAAGCUAAUUUUUCACAGUAUGAUUUUUUGGAUGGAAUUUGGUCUGCAUGUGAAAAGCUGUAUUGUUUCCUUGUCCAAGCCUUAGUUGAUCAAACAACAAAGAAAUUAAUAUUUUUAAGUUUCACACAAUUGUUUCUACAAUAAGCAUUUUCAAAGUCAUUAUCAUUAUCAUUAUUAAUUAUGUGAAAUCUAGUUUGAUAUGUAAGUAAACAAAAUUACCAAAAGA